AUGUCUGGAAUACUGGGGCGUCGCAUGCUCUCCAAGGCCGAGGAGGAGGGGUCAGACGAGGUCGAGAAGGAGAAGGAGGAACUUGACGACCUCUCCACCGAGCUCGAGCUAGCAGAUGAAGACGAAAAGAUCCAAUACAAGAUCGGCGACUCAUUCUUCCACGUACCCCUGGAGCAGGCUCAGGAGAUGCUAGGAUCAGCCACCGAACGAACAGAAGAGGAGUCGGACGCGCUGGAGGAGAAGUUGAGCAAGAUUCAGGACGAGAUGAAGCAGCUCAAGGUAGAGCUCUACGCCAGGUUUGGCAAGCAAAUCAACUUGGAGACCUAA